CCUGUCUAAACGCAGCCUUACAUUACUUGUUUACCCAUGUAUGUGUAGGUAGGCUACGUCAUUAGAAAUACAGUAGAAAUUCCCUUCUGAUCAGUUUUGACAGAGCACUAUUAUUUCACAGGUAAUAGCCAACUCGAGGCGGAGCGUAGCGUCCUCAAACGCACAGGUUGGAUUCCACGGAGGUGUGCGGAAAGAGAAGAGGACGAACAAAGCAAAAGCAGCGGCGCGGCUUCAAGAGCCAAAUGGCGAUACAGAAAUACCUUUAAAAUGACUUGAGUGCAAACGGAAUUCAACAUGGUGAAUUUAGGUGAGUUUACUAGUAUUCAUUGUAUGGAUGUGUAGUUUAAAUGGAAGUGAAGAUACGUAGGCAACUGAAGUGUGAAUUACCAAUCUUAGCAGAACUUUUCUGGGUGGGGUCGGGAUGCCGACGUUUUUUGUAGAGGGUCUGUCAUAAAAGGAACUGCCAUGGGAUGUCGUCGUGUUUAUAGCAAUGUCGUUUCCAGCAUAAUGCAUAGGCCUACCAAUGUAGGCUAACUGUUCUGGCUAUCUGAUUUAAUAUAGUAACAUAAAAAAACUAUAUGAGUAACAGAACGAGGGUCAAUAACGUCAUAUCUUUUCCCAGUUUGGACAAUGAUUGCUCAUUAGGCGGGGCCUAUAGUAAUACUAUUGGUUAUGUAGGCCUAUUCGUAAACAACUGAUGGAUCAAUAGAUAAGGAAUAGUAGCAGAUCGCAAUACCAUCACUUUUAGACUAAAGUGCAGACCUGAAUUGAAGUAAUGGAUAGGGUAUGCAAACUCGACCCCUUGGGUAAAUAUCAUUGACAGUCGACCCCCACCCUGUGUUUUGUGUAUUUCAGUUUAGCUGGGUGAGGGGAGGCUAAAACUCUAAACUAUCUGCGUCAAUUUGCUUCAGAGGUGGUGUAAAGUAAAGGCCCUGUGCAUUAUUUAGUAUACUGUAUUUUCUUGUCAACAAACGCUUAAUUAACUUGCAGAGAUUGGAAAUGGGUCUUUAUACUCACAACAGUUACCAUUUCUAGUGUUGCCCUGGGUCAGAUGUGUUGGUUGAAUUGUAAUUACACUAUACAUUGCCUUGUUUUCAAGGCCUUGAGUAGUUGUGGUAAUGUUACCUGGGGUGUACUCAUUAUGCAUAUUCUGUUGCAAAACUUUUAGUCCGUUGCGAAACGUUUUGCAACAAAAGUGAGAGUUUCUAUUGGACAAAUUCAAGUAGGUCCCUCCCAGUUUAGUUCCAUUUGCUCAGUUUGCUUCUGUUUGGUUCUUAAACGGUUUCCGUUGCAAGACAUAAUGAAUACACCUCAGGUAUCCUACCCGCUUCAAGACCAUUAUGGCAUGAUAUUACCGGCGCUGCUCAUUGAACCUGAUUUUCUCAUUUUAGGGCGAGGCCAGAAUUGCCCAUUUAUUUGAUCUGUAUCCAUGGUUUUCAAUGAUUUCUCAAUGAGAGUCGUACGUUGACGGUCAUCGAUGAAGACGCCUCCAUAUCCAUACAACUUCCAUCCAUUUUCACGGACAAAAAGUUCAGAUGAGUUGAACUUUUGACGUGCCGACGGAUGAGUAACCAUCCAUGGAGCCAAUUAGCCACGCCCACUCAAUGUACGUCACACACUCCACACGCGCACGGACCACGGACCAAAAUGUAUCAGUUCUAUACUGAACAAAAAUAUAAAUGCAACACGCAACAAUUUAAAAGAUUUUGCAUUACAGUUCAUAUAAGGAAAGCAGUCAAUUGAAAUACAUUCAUUAGGCCCUAAUCUAUGGAUUUCACAUGACUGGGCAGGGGUGCAGCCAUGGGUGGGCCUGGGAGGGCAUAGGUCCACCUACUUGGGAGCCAGGCUGACCCACUGGGGAGCUAGGCCCAGUCAAUCAGAAUGAGUCAGUUUGUCAAAUUUCUGCCCUGCUGGAGGUGCCCCGUUCAACUGUAAGUGCUGUUAUUGGGAAGUGGAAACGUCUAAGCAACAACAGCUAAGCCGUGGAGUGGUAAGCCACACAAGCUCACAGAACGGGACCGCGAGUGCUAAAGCGCGUAAAAAUCGUCUGUCCUCGGUUGCAACACUCACUACUGAGUUCCAAACUGCCUCUGGAAGCAACGUCAGCACAUGAACUGUUCGUCGGGAGCUUAAUGAAAUGGGUUUCCAGCCGCACACAAGCCUAAGAUCGCCAAGCGUCGGCUGGAGUGGGGUAAAGCUCGCCACCAUUGGACUCUGGAGCAGUGGAAACGCGUUCUCUGGAGUGACGAAUCACGCUUCACCAUCUGGCAGUCCGAUGGAUUAAUCUGGGUUUGGUGGAUGCCAGGAGAACUCUACCUGCCCGACUGCAUAGUGCCAACUGUAAAGUUUGGUGGAGGAGGUAUAAUGGUCUGGGGCUGUUUUUCAUGGUUCGGGCUAGGCCCCUUAGUUCCAGUGAAGGGAAAUCUUAACGCUACAGCAUACAAUGACAUUCUAUACGAUUCUGUGCUUCCAACUUUGUGGCAACAGUUUGGGAAGGCCCUUUCCUGUUUCAGCAUGACAAUGCCCCCGUGCACAAAGCGAGGUCCGUACAGAAAUGGUUUGUCGAAAUCGGUGUGCAAGAACUUGACUGGCCUGUACAGAGCCCUGACCUCAACCCCAUCGAACACCUUUUGGAUGAAUUGGAAUGCCGACUGUGAGCCAGGCCUAAUCGCCCUACAUCAGUGCCCGACCUCACUAAUGCUCUUGUGGCUGAAUGGAAGCAAGUCCUCGCAGCAAUGUCCCAACAUCUAGUGGAAAUCAUUCCCAGAAGAUUGGAGGCUGUUAUAGCAGCAAAGGGGGGACCAACUCCAUAUUAAUGCCCAUGAUUUUGGAAUGAGAUGUUCGACAAGCAGGUGUCCAUAUACUUUUGGUCAUGUAGUGUAUUUACCAACAACAACAAAAAGCUCACAAGACAGGUAGACUAGCAUGUACCAGAUGUAUAUACAGGUGUCCACAUACUUUUGGUCAUGUAGUCAGCGUUUACUGUUUACCCACAGAUUAACUAUGGUAAUGAAAACAUUGAAGCAAUGUUUCUAUCCUCUGCUCCAGGUGUGUGCUGCGCAGACCUGAAGGACAACAAGACCCUGAUGAAAAUGGGUCUGGGUCUGGUGCUGGUGGGUCACGUCAACUUCCUGCUGGGAGCGCUGGUACACGGCGUUGUGCUCCGGCACAUCAAUGUGCAUGUUCAGGCCAGGGUCAUGGGGUACGCCAUCUACAUCAUCAUCGCCCUGGUGGCAGGGCUCGUGGUGAGUGACUGGAGGCUGGCAGAGAUCUUCCUGCUGGCAGAGAUCACUUUGGCCAAAGUGUUCCCUGUGUUGUCUUUGUAUUGUGUAAUGCUCACUUGAGCAGUAUACUGUGUUUUGGCUUUCUUUAAUCGAGUAAUGAGUCUUGUUUGGAAUACAGUAUCAGCCUGUAGUAACAAAACGCCCCAACAGAAUAUUGUAAAGGUUGUGACCUUUUGGUGACAUUGUUUCUGGUAACUUUAUCAUUUGACCUUAUAGUAGUAGUAUCUCAGUUUGUGGUCCUAUGUUAGACUGGAGCCAUUUCAGGUAGUGGAUUGUUGGUUGUACCAUUCUAGCCUGUGGGCCAAUAGGAGCGGUGUAUUAGCUAACAUGUGACUUGACUUCUGUGUCUUCAGGGAAUCAUAGCUGGAAUAGUAGCCAUUGUCCUAUCCAAAAACCUGAAAAACAGGAUUCUGGUAAAUAUUGCUUCAUUCUCUCCUACAGUAGUUUCUUUCUCCACCUAUCAGGGACAGGGCAAAAUACUGUUUUGUGUUGGUAUUUGUCAGAACUUGCCCUCCUUAUGUGUCUGGGCACGUUUAGUAUCCUCUGGUUCUUUAUCUGUGUGUGUGGAUGAGUUAAACCCGUAUUCAAAAAUGUAUCGCAUGCCAUGUACAUGCAAAUAGAGGCAGGCAUCAUCAAUACACAUGCAAAAAUGGAACCCACCCUCCAUACACAUCAUUUGAUUUACAUGUUAACUGUCAGUCAUAGUCAUACAACUUGCCUGUCAGCCAAGUCAAAAAAUAUAUACUGUAUAGGCAUAAUAUACACAUUUUCACAGUUUUGUUGCAUUACAAAGUGGGAUUUAAAUAGAUGUUUUAUUUUAUUUUUUAUCAUAGAUCUACACAAACUACUCCAUAAUAUCAAAGUGAAAAAGUUAUACAAAUUUGUAGAAAUUAAUAAAAAUAAAAUAACUAAAAUAGUAAUUGCAUAAGUAUUCACCCCCUUUGUUUAGGGAAGCCUAAAUUAGUUCAGAACUAAAAUGUGGCUUAACAAAUCACAUAAGUUAUAUGGACUCACUCUGUGAAAUAAUAGGAGUUGACAUGAUUUUUGAAUGAUUACCCCUUCCUCUGUCCCCCAUACAUACAUCUGUAAGCACAGAUUCAACUACAAAGACCAGGGAGCUUUUCAAAAGCCCCAUAAAGAAGGGCAGUGAUUGGUAGAUGGGUAACAAUAACAAAUCAGACAUUGAAUAUACUGUAUCUUUUAAGCAUAGUCAAGUUAAUAAUUAUGCUGUGGAUGAUGUAUUAAACCACACAGACACAUCAAAGACGCAGUCGUCCUUCUGAACUAAGCUGCAGGACAGCAAGGAGACUGCGAGGGGAUGUCACCAUGAGGCCAUUAGUGAUUUUAAAACGGCUACAAGAGUUCAUUGGCUGUGAUGGGAGAACUGAGGAUGGAUCAACAACACUGUAGUGACUCCACAAUAAGGGCCUAAAUGACUAAAUAAAAUAAUAAGAAUAUAGAGAAAGAAUGCAUAUGUAUGCAACAAGGCACUAAAGUAAUACUGCUAAAAAACAUGGCAAAGGAAUACACUUUUUGGCCUAAAUGCAAAGCCUUAUAUUUGGGACAAAUCCAACACAUCGCUGAGUAAUUGCCUCCUUAUUUUCAAGUGGUGGCUGCAUCAUGGUACGGGUAUGCUUGACAUAGGCAAAGACUGGGGAGUUGUUCAGGAUGAAAAGAAACAGGAUAGAGCGACACAGGAAAACCUGGUUCAGUCUACUUUACACCAGACACUAAGAGAGGAAUUCACCUUUCAGCAGGACAAUAACCUACAACACAAAGCCAAAUCUACACUGGAGUUGCUUACCAAGAAGACAGUGAAUGUUCCUGAGUGGACAAGUUACAGUUUUGACUUAAAUCUGCAUAAAUCUAUGGCAACACUUGAAACUUGCUGUCUAGCCAUGGACCCAACACCUAGACAGAGCUUGAAGAAUUUUGAAAAGAAUGGGCAAAUAUUGCACAACCCAAGAAGACUCACAGCUGUAAUCGCUGCCAAAGGUGUUUCUAACGUAUUGCGGUGAAUAUCUAAUCAAGGUAUAUUAGUGUUUUAUUUUUCAUUAACCUUUAAAUGUUAGAAUUUUUCUUCCACUUUGACAGAGUAUUUUGUAUAGAUUGUUGACAAAAAAGGAACAUUUCAUAUUUUUUAAUCCCACUUUGUAACACAAUAAAAUGUAAAUAAAUCCAAGGGGGGUGUAGACUUUACAGUAUAUAGGCUCUGUACAGUACAGUGGGUUGAGAAAGUAUUCACCCCCCUUGGCAUCUUUCCUAUUUUGUUGCCUUACAACCUGGAAUUUAAAUGGAUUUUUUUGGGGUUUGUAUCAUUUGAUUUACACAACAUGCCUACCACUUUGAAGAUGCAAAAUAUUUUUUUGUGGGAAACAAACAAGAAAUAAAACAAAAAAACAGAACUUGAGCGUGCAUAACUAUUCACCCCCCCCCAAAGUCAAUACUUUGUAGAGCCACCUUUUGCAGCAAUUACAGCUGCAGGUAUCUUGGGGUAUAUCUCUAUAAGCUUGACACAUCUAGCCACUGGGAUUUUCUUUUUUUUGGGGGGGGGGGGGGGGGUGGGAUGGUGUUCUCGGGGUGAUGAAAGGUGUUUGGUUUGCACCAGACAUAGCAUUUUCCUUGAUGGCAAAAAGCUAAAUUUUAGUCUCAUCUGACCAGAGUACCUUCUUCCAUAUGUUCGGGGAGUUUCCCACAUGGCUUUUGGCGAACACCAAACGUGUUUGCUUAUUUUGUUCUUUAAGCAAUGGCUUUUUUCUGGCCACUCUUCCGUAAAGCCCAGCUCUGUGGAGUGUAUGGCUUAAAGUGGUCCUAUGGACAGAUACUCCAAUCUCCGCUGUGGAGCUUUGCAGCUCCUUCAGGGUUAUCUUUGGUCUCUUUGUUGUCUCUCUGAUUAAUGCCCUCCUUGCCUGGUCCGUGAGUUUUGGUGGGCGGCCCUCUCUUGGCAGGUUUGUUGUGGUGCCAUAUUCUUUCCAUUUUUUAAAUAAUGGAUUGAAUGGUGCUCUGUGGGAUGUUCAAAGUGUCAGAUAUUUUUUUACAACCCAACCCUGAUCUGUGCUUCUCCACAACUUUGUCCCUGACCUGUUUGGAGAGCUCCUUGGUCUUCAUGGUGCUGCUUGCUUGGUGGUGCCCCUUGCUUAGUGGUGUUGCAGACUCUGGGGCCUUUCAGAAGAGGUGUGUGUAUAUAUAUCUAUAUAUUGAGAUCAUGUGAUUGAUCAUAUGACACUUAGAUUGCGCACAGGUGGACUUUAUUGCACCAGAUCUUAUUUAGGGGCUUCAUAGCAAAGGGGGUGAAUACAUAUGCAUGCACCACUUUUCCGUUAUUUAUUUUUUAGAAUUUUUUUUAACAAGUUAUUUUUUUCACUUCACCAAUUUGGACUAUUUUGUGUAUGUCCGUUACAUGAAAUCCAAAUAAAAAUCAAUUUAAAUUACAGCUAGUAAUGCAACAAAAUAGGAGAAACGCCAAGGGGGAUGAAUACUUUUGCAAGGCACUAAUUAUAUAUAUAUAAAAACUUGAAAUAAAAUUGUGCUGAACUGCACCAUGUGUAGCUACCUAUUUUACUAUCCAAUAAUAUUGGUAAAUAGGUACAGUGGGGAAAAAAAUAUUUAGUCAGCCACCAAUUGUGCAAGUUCUCCCACUUAAAAAGAUGAGAGGCCUGUAAUUUUCAUUAAAAGGUACAUGUCAACUAUGACAGACAAAUUGAGAAAAAAAAUUCCUGAAAAUCACAUUGUAGGAUUUUUAAAGAAUUUAUUUGCAAAUUAUGGUGGAAAAUAAGUAUUUGGUCACCUACAAACAAGCAAGAUUUCUGGCUCUCACAGACCUGUAACUUCUUCUUUAAGAGGCUCCUCUGUCCUCCACUCGUUACCUGUAUUAAUGGCACCUGUUUGAACUUAUUAUCAGUAUAAAAGACACCUGUCCACAACCUCAAACAGUCACACUCCAAACUCCACUAUGGCCAAGACCAAAGAGCUGUCAAAGGACACCAGAAACAAAAUUGUAGACCUGCACUAGGCUGGGAAGACUGAAUCUGCAAUAGGUAAGCAGCUUGGUUUGAAGAAAUCAACUGUGGGAGCAAUUAUUAGGAAAUGGAAGACAUACAAGACCACUGAUAAUCUCCCUCGAUCUGGGGCUUCACGCAAGAUCUCACCCCGCGGGGUCAAAAUUAGCAAAAAUCCCAGAACCACACGGGGGGACCUAGUGAAUGACCUGCAGAGAGCUGGGACCAAAGUAACAAAGCCUACCAUCAGUAACACACUACGCCGCCAGGGACUCAAAUCCUGCAGUGCCAGACGUGUCCCCCUGCUUAAGCCAGUACAUGUCCAGGCCCGUCUGAAGUUUGCUAGAGUGCAUUUGGAUGAUCCAGAAGAGGAUUGGGAGAAUGUCAUAUGGUCAGAUGAAACCAAAAUAUAACUUUUUGGUAAAAACUCAACUCGUCGUGUUUGGAGGACAAAGAAUGCUGAGUUGCAUCCAAAGAACACCAUACCUACUGUGAAGCAUGGGGGUGGAAACGUCAUGCUUUGGGGCUGUUUUUCUGCAAAGGGACCAGGACGACUGAUCCGUGUAAAGGAAAGAAUGAAUGGGGCCAUGUAUCGUGAGAUUUUGAGUGAAAACCUCCUUCCAUCAGCAAGGGCAUUGAAGAUGAAACGUGGCUGGGUCUUUCAGCAUGACAAUGAUCCCAAACACACCGCCCGGGCAACGAAGGAGUGGCUUCGUAAGAAGCAUUUCAAGGUCCUGGAGUGGCCUAGCCAGUCUCCAGAUCUCAACCCCAUAGAAAAUCUUUGGAGGGAGUUGAAAGUCCGUGUUGCCCAGCGACAGCCCCAAAACAUCACUGCUCUAGAGGAGAUCUGCAUGGAGGAAUGGGCCAAAAUACCAGCAACAGUGUGAGAAAACCUUGUGAAGACUUAUAGAAAACGUUUGACCUGUGUCAUUGCCAACAAAGGGUAUAUAACAAAGUAUUGAGAAACUUUUGUUAUUGACCAAAUACUUAUUUCCCACCAUAAUUUGCAAAUAAAUUCAUAAAAAAUCCUACAAUGUGAUUUUCUGGAGAAAAAAAAUCUCAUUUUGUCUGUCAUAGUUGACCUGUACCUAUGAUGAAAAUUACAGGCCUCUUUCAUCUUUUUAAGUGGGAGAAUUUGCACAAUUGGUGGCUGACUAAAUACUUUCUUUCCCCACUGUAUAUACAUCUGGUACAUGCUAGUCUACCUGUCACGUGAGCUUUUUGUUGUUGUUGGUAAAUACACUACAUGACCAAAAGUAUAUGGACACCUGCUUGUCGAACAUCUCAUUCCAAAAUCAAAGGCAUUAAUAUGGAGUUGGUCCCCCCCCCCCCCCCCCCCCCCCCCCCUUUGCUGCUAUAACAACCUCCACUCAUUUACAUUACAUUUUUGUCAUUUAGCAGACGCUCUUAUCCAGAGCGACUUACAGGAGCAAUUAGGGUUAAGUGCCUUGCUCAAGGGCACAUCGACAGAUUUUUCACCUAGUCGGCUCGGGGAAGGCUUUCCAUUAGAUGUUGGAACAUUGCUGUUGGGCGAUUAGCCAUGGGUCGCAGUUAGCGUUCCAAUUCAUCCCAGAGGUUUUCGAUGGGGUUGAGGUCAGGGCUCUGUGCAGGCCAGUCAAGUUCUUCCACACCGAUCUCGACAAACCAUUUAUGUAUGGAUCUCGCUUUGUGCACAGGGGCAUUGUCAUGCUGAAACAGGAAAGGGCCUUCCCAAACUGUUGCCACAAAGUUGGAAGAACAGAAUCGUAUAGAAUGUCAUUGUAUGCUGUAGCGUUAAGAUUUCCCUUCACUGGAACUAAGGGGCCUAGCCCGAACCAUGUAAAACAGCCCCAGACCAUUAUACCUCCUCCACCAAUCUUUACAAUUGGCACUAUGCAUUCUGGCAGGUAGCGUUCUCCCGACAUCCACCAAACCCAGAUUCGUCCGUCGGACUGCCAGAUGGUGAAGCAAGAUUCAUCACUCCAGAGAACGUGUUUCCACUGCUCCAGAGUUCAAUGGCGGCGAGCUUUACACCACUCCAGCCGACGCUUGGCAUUGCGCAUGGGGAUCUGAGACUUGUGUGCGGCUGCUCGGCAAUGGAAACCCAUUUCAUGAAGCUCCCGACGAACAGUUAUUGUGCUGACUUUGCUUCCAGAGGCAGUUUGGAACUCGGUAGUGAGUGUUGCAACCGGGGACAGACUAUGUUUACGCGCUACUUGCUUCAGUAGUCGGUGGUCCCGUUCUGUGAGUUUGUGUGGCCUAUCACUUCGAGGUUGUUGCUCCUAGACACUUCCACUUCAGAAUAACAGCACUUACAGUUUACAGAGGCAGCUCUAACGUGCUACGUUGAAAGUCACUGAGCCAUUCUACUGCCAAUGUCUGUCUAUGGGGAUUGCAUUGCUGUGUGCUCGAUUUUAUACACAUCUCAGCAACGGGUGUGGUUGAAAUGGCAGAAUCCCCUAAUUUGAAGAGGUGUCCACAUACUUUUGUUUGUGUAUCUGUGUGUAUAUAUAUAUAUAUAUAUAUAUAUAUAUAUAUAUAUAUAUAUAUAUAUAUAUAUAGUCUCCAUAUGUCCAGUAUGAAAAAUGUAUGCACUCACUAACUGUAAGUCGCUCUGGAUAAGAGCGUCUGCUAAAUGACUAAAAUGUAAUGUAAAUGUAUAUAUUAUGUGUGUGUAUUCCCCUAACCCUACCACCCCUCCCUAAUUAGAGUAAACUAAUGGACAACAACACUUAGGCUUCUACUUCCAGCUUAUACAUACUAUAUACAUUUUACGGACACAGUAUAUUUUACAAUAUUUAUCGUUUGUUUGUUUUUAAUCCCAUCCUUCAGCUACCCUCAACUUCUCCCAUCUAUCUCUGAACAUCAUCCAGUUUUGAUUUCUAUUUGCCAUAUAUUUUUAACUGUUCUUUUUCACAUAAGUUCUGAACCUAUAUACAUUUUAUGGACACAGUAUAUUUACAUUAGUUAUCUUGUUUGUUUUUAGUCCCACCCUUCAGCUCCACUCAAACCCUCACAUGAGCUUCUUUGUUUAUUGACCCCUGCCCUCUUGCAGAUGUGGGUGCUGUUGGUGGUCAGUUUAGUGUCAGGCCUUUUGGCAACCGCCUCAACUGUGGGGUUAACCAUUUCAAUGGUUAAGGCCAUUAUAAGUGGAGGUCGAGGCCUGCUGAAUCAUUGCAAGUUCCCUGAUGCUAUUGGCUAUGCCAGCAUCACCAACGAAUGCCCCUUUGACCCCACAAGGAUCUACGUAAGUAUUUUAAUCAAAAGCUAUUAGAUGACAUGCACUUGUGUGCAUUUAUUGAAGUUAAAAACAUAACAGUAGAAUUGAUUGAACAUGAUAAAGAUCCUUUAAGAAGUGAGGUUGUUUACAUACAGAGACUAAUACUCCUCUACAAGCCCAUACUAACGCCUCACCUUUGUUCUCCCUAGGAAACUACUAUUAUUCUGUGGGUGCCUCUCAUUCUAAUGUGUGUGGUGGAAGUGGUGUUCUCAGGCCGCUGUUUCGCCCUCUGCACCUCCUUCCUCCGCCUCUGUACGUGCAGGAGACGAAGGAAGAUUGUCAAUGGCAGAAGGGUAAGUCAACUACCCUCACAUGUAUGAUGAGUUACCUUGCCUGAGACCUGAACAUUUGUAUUGGCUCCCAGAUCUAAAGCGCUGAACCCUAGAUGUGGGCCUGUCAUAUACAGUCUCUGGUGUGGGGUAAUGCAGCCUUGAGGCGUGUGGAUGAUCCUGGUUCGUAUCCAGGUCGCAAAGUCCUGUCUUCACUUACAAACGGCAAUGCUAAACCUUUCAUUGACUGUGUGCUGAUCAGGGGUGUAUUCAUUAUGCCAGUUCUGUUGCAAAACAUUUCUCAAAUAAAACAGGAGGGACCUACCUGAAUGUGUCCAAUAGAAACUCUUGUUUUGCUGUUUGGUUCUUAAGGUUUCUGUAAUGAAUACACCCAAGGUUUCAUAACUAAUGUGUGUGUCAUGUUUCACCAUAGCUGAGGGUGUGCCUGUGUGCUGAUCAUGUUUCACACCCCGUGGCCUUUUUUGCAGGUGCGCAUUCAGACUCCAGGCGAACUGUUACCGGUGUCGCCUACUCCUGAGUCAGAAACUGAGGCAGAGCCGGCAGAGCAACAUGAAUUGCUGAAGCCUGACUCACCGACAGAGAGGAGUGAAUGGGUCUGAACUAAUCCACCACCUGCACUAAGACUGCUCAGGACCCAUUUGGUGAACUCCACAGGAGAGGUGGUUGCUGUAUGUUGACUGGAGGAAGUUAGUGCUAUCGGCUAUUGAAUAACUGGACAAAUUUUAGCUGUUUUUGUGGCAAUUUUUCUGAGUUUGUGUUGUCACAUGAUUGCCCUUUAAAGAAAAGGGAUAUUUUCAAGACUGACCUCUUGACGUGUCACUGCAUUUCAUUUCUUUCCAAGAGAACAAUCUGCCAAUAUUGUUCACAUGUUAUGUUCACUAAACCUGUUUCCCCUGCCAUGGAAAAGGAGUAGGGUUGCAAAGGGUGGGUAUAUUACUGUUAACUUUAACUUUCAAGUUUAUCACAACAUCUAGUGGCCUUUUGGGUACUUCAGAUUAUCACAGGUGUCGUAUCACUGACUCUCAGCACAUGUAAAUAUGAAAUAAUAAAAUGAUUUUUCAAAGUUAAAUUAAAGCUGUAAAACAAACAAUAGGUGUGAGGGUUUCAGCAUGAAUAACUUUUUACUAUGUAAAUGUUUUGGCACAUAAAAAGUAGUUGGAGAGUUAAUUGAAAAUGCCAUUUUUUAUUAGUUCUCUCCAUUAAUUAGGUUAUUUCCUCUUGAACCAUAUGGUCUGUCCACUAGAAACUUGUGUACAAUAUGGACAGAUAUUAUAUAAAUACAUUUUUAAAAAGUUAAACACUCCAGUAGUUUGAGUUUUGCAACUCAAAAGGAGCAACUGCUUUGCCAAUAACCAGAAACUGCACCUGAAGAUGUUCUGGAAUAAACAAUUAAAUUAUUUGUAGUGUAUUGUGUAGAUAAAUAAGACAAGUAGAUUUCCAUAGCAUUGUUUCUUAAAGUAGUCUUUGAAUGUGUGGUCCUUCAUAUUUUGUAUGAAGUUUGCAAGCACUCCUGGGAUGACCUCUUCGAUUUCAUGUUUGCAGAAUAUAAUCAGUAAAUCACUAAUUGUCAUGACUUUUGCUUGGCUCUAACCUUAAUCUUCAACUUCCUCUUAAAGGAAUGUGCCUUUCAGAAAUACAUUUGCUUAACAUCCUGUUCAAGUGAAAUAAUCCAGGAACACUGGUUUCAUUGAAAUGCUAAAAUGACAUGGGUCCUACAGUCAUUGGAACAAAACCACCUUAAAAUACAGAAAUACAAUACAUGGAAGUCAUUGAUGAUUAUUUCUGUUUUAUCACAUACUGUACGUCAGGAGUAGUAUUCAGGUUAAUUCUGUCCUCUGGACAAUAUUGCUCACCAAGUCUUUAGCCAGUAAUACAGAAUGAAUACAUAUUUGAGAAGUGGACUUAAAUGUCAUGCACAGGACAACAGUGGGACAAAAUACACAAAAGGGGAGGGGAUACAAGAAAUGACAUUUAAAUAAAUUAAAUCCAAAAGAUGUAUAAAAUGCAUACUAUUUUGUGCCAGGCCUUUAAUAUACUACAGCAUUGUUUGGGUAAGGGGAGCAGUUUUCAUAGGAUAAAAAGACUCCAGAACAAAAUGGGCCUAACAAAGCAUACAAAACAGCAGUACUUAUAAAAAUCACUCCAUUUGACUUUGUCCUUGAACAGCAACAUUAAGUGUUCUAGAGAAUACAUGUUUAGCCCAUUUCAAUCUAAAGGGGCAGGAUCUGUCAUUAAAACAUGGGAUUUAUCUUGCAGCAGCCAGUAAAGGUGACUGGUCUGGCAAACAGAAUUAUUCUGAACAGGGCCCGGUUUCCCAAAAGCAAAAUAAUCCAUAUAAUAUCGUUCUAACAAUGAAUUUAGCCUUCAUGCUUUUGGGAAACCGGGCCCAG